AGCACGCGAGCCUUCAGCAAGCCGCACGCGAUGAAGCGUGUUGUCAGUGGUCAGGCAGUAAGAACAUUUGCCAUUUUUGUCCGCUUCUUGUUGUUUUCGUCAUGUCCUCUGAGGAAGACUCGACGCUACUCUUUCUCGUCUUUCAGCACCUCAAAAUGAAAGGCUUGUUGGGCGCCGCUGAUCUGCUGGAGAAACACGUCGUCCAGGUGGAGGCACCAGAAGGGGGCUUGAGCCUACAGGACAUCUACAAAGCAUGGAUAAAGCUGUGCUCCAUCUCCCAGCAAGCUAAGCAGCCAGCUAAGGAUGAGUCAAACCAAGUUGAACCUGAAGGGGGCUCAGACAAGACCCUCACAGAAGGCAACAUUGAUGUCAACGCGUCACUGGCCUCUGAGCAGACGAUGGAAGCCAACGGAGAUAUUCACAACGUCUCUCCCGAUGACGAAGAGGAGGCCAGAAAACAGCCACAGCUCAUCAUGGAUGCCGAAGAGGUCCAAGGUGAAACCUCUGGGCUGGAGGAGGCAGCUGUCCAUCAAACUGAGGCCACCCCCACCCCAAAUGAUGACACUGAGACAAGUGAGCAGGCCAUGCCCACCUGUGCUCAGGAUGCCCAAGAGCAGCCAACAGACAACCAAGCCCUGCCUCCUGCAGACAUGAGGACUGAGCAGGAGGAGGAGGAGGUGGCGGUCAAGAUGGAGAUCAGUGAUGGGUUGAAGCAGGAGGACCACACGGAGGCACCAGAGGACCAAGAGGCUAUUGAUGAUGGAAAGAUGUCUACUGCAGAGGAGCGAGACCACAUGAAGAAAGGCAAGAAGAGGAAGAAGCACGAUGAAGACAAACUCUCUGAAAUUGAAGUCGCAAAAAGGAAGAAGGUGGAAGACAUUAAAGAUGAAAAAGUGCAGGAAGGGGUGAGUCCACCAGAGGAGGAGGAGAAAAAGAAGGAGAAGAAGAGGAGGAGAAGGAGGAAGAAGAAGACGGGGGAGAGGAGCCAGGAGGUGCAGUAUGAUGCACCAGCCGGGAGCAAUGCAGAGACACCCAAAAAACAGGAAGCAGCCGGUGACGCUGCUCCUCAGCUCUCCUCGAGCAGGAAGAUGCAUCCACAGAAGAAACUGAGCCGCAAGAAGAGGAUGAGGCUGAAGAAAUCCCAGCAAGGCCACAAGCAAGACAUCCCAGAAGAAUCCAAAGCUUCCAAGCCAGAGACAUAUGCAACCUCGGAGGUAGAUGCACCAAAGAGCAAGAAGAUCAAACAGGACCAGUCUCCUGCUACCAACGGCAAGAAAGACAAGAAGAAGAAGAAGCAGAGAACAGCCAGUGAGGAGAAGAUAGAACAUGCCGUUGGGAACAUUGAGCAUCUUUCUGGUGGACACUCAGCUCACCUGUCAGAGGAGAAGAAGAAGAAGAAGAAAGCUGCGGAAUAUGAUGAGACUCCAGUUAGCAACAAGACAUCAGCCAAGAAAAUAAAGAAGAGACUCAAAUACCAAAAGGAGGAUGGCAGACUUCCUGUUGCUUCAUUCUAGUGAUGUUCUUGAUGACCUGCGAGGACGACCAUGUUGGACUUUCCAGACAGGACGACUGCCCUUAUGCCUGAGCUAAACUGUCAUAGUGUAAAAGUUUGACUACGUAAAUGUAGCUUUACUGGUACUUUACUGUGUACUACUCCAAGAUGAGCGAGGAAUGACUUUAGCAGUUAAAUAACAAAUAAGACAAAUGUUCACUGACGAUGUUCAUGCUGUGAAACACUAAACAUGUAGCGUGUCACUGUGAAGCCCUGUGAAGUGUGACACAUGUUUUUUUGGAGAAAUAAACUCACCUGUCUGUUUUGUU